AUGUUUCGUUUAAUUGUUGCUUUGAGUGUCUUGUCCCUAGCAUGGGGCUUGGAAGAUCGUAUCGUCGAUGGAAAAACAGUUUCAAUUGUAAAUUUUCCCUAUCAAGUCUCUAUUCAAAAGUAUAAUUCGCAUUACUGUGGAGGAAGUAUUUUGAAGGAUGAUUUAAUCCUUACAGCUGCCCAUUGUUUGAGAGAUGUUCUUAACAGAAACGAGGUUGACAUCCUUACUAUUCGGGCUGGAUCUUCAGACUGGGAUAAGGGUGGUGUUGUCAAGAAUGUCGAGUGGGUUUCAAUACAUCCAAAUUAUCAACCUCAACCAAUGACAUACGAUGUCGGUCUUGUGAAAACAAUAGGACGUUUUGUUUUUAGUAAUGUAAUAAAGCCCAUCGCUUUACCUAAAGUCUUACCUCCAUUGUAUGCGCCUUUGGUGGUAACUGGAUGGGGACAAUUGAGCGAAACGAAUGGUAGUCUUCCAACAACUUUGCAAGCGGCUGCGUUAGAAUUCCUUACUCCUGAGAAAUGCAGAUCACCCGAAUACAGUUAUUCAUCAGCGAUUAUGACGUCAAUGAUUUGUGCCGAUGGUCCGUCUAGGGAUGCAUGCCAAGGAGAUUCCGGUGGCCCUCUUGUUUUACUCGGCAAGAAUGAACAGAUUGGAGUGGUAUCUUGGGGAGUUGGAUGUGCACAGCGUGGAUACCCAGGAAUCUACUGCGAUCUUACAGAUCCAGAAGUUGUAACUUACUUAAAGUCAAAAGUACCCAAUUUAUAUAAUUAAUAAAGAUUAGAUUAUUAUUGAAAUGAA